AUGGAGGUUGCUCUUGAGAUCUCUUCUGACUCCGCUGACUCACCUGAGGGGGGUGACGCCGUCGCCGACGACACGGCAACCACUCGCCGCACUCCUCGCUUGGAGACCCCCUCGGGUUUCCCGCCGCGGCCGUCUUCGCCGCCUCCGCAGCCUGCUGCUGUGGACUCUGGAGCUGAGACUACUGGAGCUGGGCCUGGGGGUGGUAAGUCCGGGGGUGCCCACUCUCCUCGUCUGGCUACCCCCCCUGGGUUCCCACCUCUGCCGUCUUCGCCGCCUCUGCAGCCUGCUGCUGUGGACACUGGAGCAGAGACUGAGGGUACUGAGCCUGGGGGUGCUGGGACUGAGGGUACUGAGCCUGAGGGUGCUGAGACUGAGGGUGCUGCGACUGAGGGUACUGAGCCUGAGGGUGCCGGGACUGAGGGUACUGAGCCUGAGGGUGCUGGGACUGAGGGCACUGAGCCUGAGGGUGCUGGGACUGAGAGUGCUGAGACCGAGGGUCCUGACUCUGGGGGUGCUGCGAUUUCGGGUGCUGACUCUGGGGGUGCUGCGAGUCCUUCUGGUGUUGGUGUCGUCGGAGCUCCUACCGGAGGACCUGGAGCUACUGGUGCUGGAGGUACUGGAGGACCUGGAGCUACUGGUGCUGGAGGUACUGGAGGUGCUGCUGGUGCUGGAGGUCGUGGUGCUGCUGGUACUGGAGGUACUAGAGGUGCUGGAGCUGGAGGUGCUGGAGGCACUAGAGUUACUGGAGCUGUUGCUCCUGCUGCUGGUACUGCUGGUGCUGGAGGUGCUAGAGGUACUGGAGCUGCUAGUGCUGGAGGUGCUGCUGGUGCUGGAGGUCGUGGAGCUGCUUGUGCUGGAGGUGCUAGAGGUGCUCGAGCUGCUGGGGCUGGAGGUGCUGGAGGUGCUGGAGGUCCUGGUGGAGCUACUGGUGCUCUUCGCCACCUUCUCAGUCUUCCGCCAGGUGCUACUGGCUUCCCUGUGGCAGGUACUACUCUUCCGUUACUGUGCCCACCGGUGGAUCAGUCUCAGCCGCCGCUGCUACCGCACUCCCCACUGCCUGCUCCUGCUCCUUACACUGCGGUGACACAGUCCCUGACUGAGCGUCGAGAGCCUGAGACUCGUGCUUCCACCCCUGAGCGUCGAGAGCCUGAGUCUAGCUUUGACCUUGAGCAUGAGCCUAGAGCUGCUGUCCGUGCUCGUGGUCCUCGUGUUCAUCGUCCGCGUGCUCCGGCUGUCCCCGGCACUCACGAUAUGACACUCCGACCUUCCUCUGUUCCUCAGCGUGUUGUCCUACCGUUACCUCCUGCGUCCUCUCUGCCUGACGUUGCUGACCCUCCGUCUGACCUUGCUCGUGCGUCCAGUUCGACUGUUACUCGCCUUCUUGCUACGGUUGUGACGGACCCUACGUUCUCGUCUCCUGCUGUGUCUGCCCUAGUAGCUGAGCUCGUUGACUUUGCUGCUGUGUACCGCCUAGACUACCUUGCGAGUCUUGUCUCUGACCCUGUCCCUGCCUGUCCUCCGUCCGUCGGUGGUGAGACUGCCCUUGGCUGUACUGCCCUUGGCUGUGACGUUCUUGAGGACAGACAGGAGGAGCUGGAGUGCCUUGCGGCCGCUUCACCCCAUCACGCGACCAUGCUGCUUGCCCCUGAGGGAGACCCGGAUGCACUUGACAUCCCCACCCCGCGCUCCUACAGGGAGGCGAUUUCGGGUGAGUACUCCUCUCAGUGGCAGGCAGCCAUGGACGCAGAGAUGGCUUCCUGGAAGUCCACAGGCACCUACGUCGACGAGGUUCCCCCACCUGGGGCGAACAUCGUCAGUGGCAUGUGGAUUUUCAGGGUGAAGCGGCCGCCGGAAUCUCCGCCUGCCUUCAAGGCACGUUACGUUGCUCGAGGCUUCAGUCAGCGUGAGGGGGUUGACUUCUUUCAGACUAUCUCCCCCACCCCGAAGAUGACCACUCUUCGGGUGUUGCUACACGUUGCAGCUCAGCGUGACUACUAG